AGUCUAUGCAGGUUAAACUUGGUUUUCAUCCUGUGGAUCUCCAUGACAUUGGUGUGCUCAGGUUACCCAGUUGGCCCUUCCAUGAGCGCCAGCCCUUUUUAUUGGACCUGCCAGCUGUACAGAAAAUGGGAUUCGUGCCUGGUGCUGCUGAGCCGCUGCCUCUCCAAGGUGGCCAGGGCUGAGGAGCUGGCUCUUGGCGAGCCUCUCCUGGAGUCCCUUUUCCACAAAAGGUCCUUCCGCAACGGCGUCGGAGCGGGAAUUAAAAAAACUUCCUUCCGAAGGGCAAAGCCUUGAGAAAAUGUCCCAAAACCCAGCCCGGGGUUUGACAUCUGAUGUUGCAGUCGUUGCUUCGAGUUCCUUUUGAUGCUUUGCUCUGACAAAGCCACCCCCGAGAGUCGCCAGGCGUCGGUCUCGGAGCGCCGCGAGCCCUCGGGAAGGGCUUUGCUCCCAAAGUUACACUGGCAUAAAGUUUU